AUGGUAAACAUCAAAACUACUCUGGACGAACUAAAAUCCAUUAUCAACGACCUAAAAACCCAAGCCAACUCCACUACGGCUUGGGAUGCCACAGAUAAAACCAAUUUAGAAAAACGGCUCAACCACCUAUUAGACAAAAGUAAUCCACGACACACCAACUUAACAGUUGACCUUGACACUGACCUAAAAGACCUGGAAAAUAUUGACAAAUCAAUAGGAGCCGAGAAAAUAAGAACCGACACAGAAAUCAAAAAACUCCAAGACGAAAAAACCCAACUCCAAACCGAUAUCACGGCCAAGGAUGCUCUUAUAAAACAAAAGAAUGAGGAAAUCGGUGAUAAACUAACCUCCGACUUUAUCACCAAACUGGAAAACCUAACCAAAGAUGGAGUAAAAUUGGAUGACACCAAACUCCAAGAAUUAAAAACCAUUUUGGAAGAAUUAAAAACCAAGGGCAUUAAAUUAGAAAACAAAAUCACCAAAAAAAAUGAUGAAAUCUUUGAAUUACAAAAGGCUAACAAAAAGACAGCCGAAGAACGAGAUGACUGA